UCUGUGGUAUAGUCACCACUCUACUUGCGGUCGUUGUUCCAGCCAGGUCGAACAGCGGUCGUUGCAAGCGUACUGUAGACCGUAGUAGUACAUGUACGUACCUCUCUGUGGAAAUCUCGAAGGCUGUCCUUGGCGCCGAGAAGCAAAACGGGUCUGCACCGCCUGUGAGCUCAGCAGUACGGUAGCCAUGGCGCUUGUGACGGUUGCCGAGCUGCGGCGUCUGCUGCACCCGCAUUACCUGGUGAACCUGCUUCUGGCGGCAUGCUUCCCCGUGCUUCGGUUAGUGCGGCCGUUCUGCGAUGUGCUGUUCCCGGGCGGCGAUUGCCAGCUGGACUUCAGGGAGACCGAGAUCCUCACGUUCGUGGCCGUCGUGGUGCUCUUCCGAACGCGCAAGACGGGCGUGGUGCGCCUGGUGCCGUAUCUGAGCACGGCGUGCAUGUAUGCCAAGGUGGCUGGCCUGCUACUCUUCUUCUACUGGGACCCACGGCUAGGCCUGGUGUACGGUGCACUGUGCCUGCUGCAGCUGCUGGUGCUACCUGAGCCGCCGGCUUACGGCGGGCCCGACCCCGUUUUGUACUUGGAUGCAGAGAGCUUCCGUGAGCAAGUGCAGCGCGGCGACCGGCGAGUCACCUGGCUUGUCGCCUUCUAUGCACUGUGGAGCCCCACCUGUGUUCAGAUGGCACCGGUGUUUGCCCAGCUGGCGACGCGCUACGCGCUCGACAACCUGCGCUUUGCGAAGCUGGACGUGACUCGCUUCCCAGACUUGGCGCACGAGCAUCACAUCAGCACGGCGGCGCUGAGCCGCCAGCUUCCCACGGUGCUGCUUUUCCGGGCCGGUCACCUGGUGGCACGGCGACCAGACGCUCAAAGUGGCAAGCUGGUGCCAUUCGCAUUCACCGAGGAAAACAUGGCAGCUGCCUUCGACCUCAAUAAUCUGCACCAGGAGUGCCGCCAGAACCCAAUCCGCAAGAAAGUGGCAGGCAAGCAGAGCUGAGCUCUCAAAGCGGACCUGUCGGCUGCUUGCAAAUUGCAUUGGCUCUCCGUGCAGCGUAGAACAUCCACAGUCACACUAAGAAGUGUGUGUGCCAUGCACAUGGUUAAUAAGUGCUUUGUGUACCAGAGAAUGAAUGCAAGAAGCUAGUCAGUAGGUAGCGAGUUGAUGAGGUAGCGAGUCAUGAAUAUCAGAUGCUAGGUGUGAGACGAUGUCAGCCACUGCUUCAGGUAUUGUUUUCGACGUCAUUUUAGACGUGCAUGCUGGCAUCUGUACUUGCUGUUUGAAAUGAGCAUUCUUUGGUACAACAAAUUGCUACAUCAUCAGCUACCCAGAGGUCCGCAUAUGGAGGAAACACUGGAUUUGUGUUAUAGUAGCACAGGUUACUGCUCCAGCUAUAAAAGUCUGCAGGCUACUUCAAAAAUUAUGGCAUGACAGAUUAUUUGCAUUUUUGCACACUUUAGUUGAAGGAACCGUGGAAUGUAAAGCUUAGUUUUGCUUGGACAUUCAUCUGAUGUUGCCAGAACUCUAUCUGUUCUCUCUAUUCAGGGCAAUUUUCUAUAUAAAAAAGAAGUUGCUAUCAUUGCAUUUCUGUGUAUCUGUGUAUUAAAAUUAGUAUAAUCAGCUUGCCAAAUAUUGGGUUAACUACAGAUCAUUGAGAGAGGCCUUUUUCCUGCAGUGGCCCUAAGUAGGCUGAGAAUGAUAAUGAUAUGACAACAAAAGGCAAACAAUAGGGACUUUUAGCUUGUACGUAUACUUUUUAACAUUACCGGAAUACCGGAUUACGUUUACCGUGUUACCAGAAGGCAUGUUUUAGAAAAGUUUUAGCUCGCCAUACAUAAAUGUUUACGUACGCACGUAAACGUAUACCCUUAUGCAGUGAUUCCACUCCUGCGCCAACUGCGCCAAAGUGCGCCAAAUUGUAUUUACUGCGCCAUCCUGAUAAUAUCGACGAAAAUUGCGCCAAACUGCGCCAAAGUCUCGGGUUUGGGGGCGUCUAUCACCGGCAAUCGCACGGCCGGCGUGUCAGAACAUGUGCAGCUUGAGGUCCAUUCGUUUCACCUGCACUUCGUGAACCGGUUCACGGUGGCGCUGCACUCUGGCAUUCGUUUCACGAGUUCAACAUGGCGGCGUCGGCACCGCGGUAUUCGUUUCGAAACAGUGCAGCCGUCGUGCAAGACCAGUUCACGAAUUCCCUGCACUUACUCGUGAGGUAGUGCCGAGUCCGUGCAGCACAAGAUGGCUGUACCCGCAGCAGACGACGCAGCCGACUGCAUUCGUGGCUAUUUUAACGGCGCCCAACGAAUACUUCAGUGAAUGUUUUCCGGUAGUUUGAAAUGCCAGGCAGUGUAAGCGGCGGCCACUUUUACGAAUCACAACCUCCACAGUUCGCGAGACAGCCGACCGUAGCAGAGGGCUUGCACGACAUCUGCACUCUGGUAUUCGUUUUGGCAUCUCGUUGCUGCUGCACCUUCUGAAACGUUCCCUGCACAUGCCCUGCACGACGACGGAACUCAGACGUCACCAUCAUGAACCAGUUCAGGUAGUGCAGGGUGAAUCGAAUGGACCUUUGAUCUUGGGACUGCCAAAGUCACAACCAUGGACCAAGAAUUAUUCCGCUGAAUAAAUAGCGCUCGCGCAUGCGUCCCAAAUAAGCCACGAUGCCAUGCACGGUGCCGACGCAGCUUCUGUUCUGCAAGUCGGCUCGACAGCAAAACGCGCUCUCCGCAGAGGCUCGUGACGUCUAGGCCUAUCGGUAGCGAGAAAGUGCAACGGGGAUUCAUCGGCGGACGUCGUCUGUUCUAGAAACGCUGCUGAUAGCUCGUUUCAAGCGUCGCACGGCACAUAAGGAAAGCAAUGUUCAGUAAUAACUUCUACAUGUGUGCUGCUAAAAUGUCUGUCACUUCUGUUUCCGGACAUCGCGGAAUGAAAUCUGGGAUCGCUAGCAGUAUAUAUAUGGAACAAUAUCGAAUUUUCCUUGCUUCGCGUUUAUGGAGGAGCACGCGAACGGUGGAAAUGCGUUCACACUUUUCCUCAGACAUAGGCGUGCGCACAGGGGGGGCGGCCGCCCCCCCCCCAAUAACCUAAAAGGGGGGGCGCAAAAUCUGCCCCAUACAUUGACCCCCAUAGUCACCUAAGAGGGGGAGGGGACGCAAAAUCUGUCUCGUCCAUUGACUUACGAGGGGCUAGAAUUUUACUCGCGGCUAGAAUGCGCGUAGUGAUGUUAUUAAUUUGGUCUUUAUACAGAAAAUUACGGCAAUGGCGACGGCAAAAAUCCGCGGAGAGCGUCCGUAUAAUUGUUAUCACAAUAAACAUUAAAAAAAGUUGAGGAGCCAUUUCACUCUGUGAAGUGGAUGAUAAGCGAAGCUGUUUCGCGCAUGGCAAGGAGGUGACAUGGUGGAGGACAGUUUGGUAUGUAAGGCGAGGUUGUUAACGUUCAACACGCAAUAUUAAUGCGAAAGCAUCAGAUGCUUUAUCAAACACGAAAAUUGACCGUCGGCGGCGUCAAUCGAUUGAUGCAAAAAAUCAUCAUGUGAUGGCGUCAUCAUCACGUCAUAUAUCGUGAUGUCACGUGAUGACUCCAUCACGACAUCGUCGCUUUACACUGCUUCCAUAAUCGGUGCGCCGAUCAUGGAGCUAGCGCAAAACCAGGUGAGGUGCAGAUAGCUUGCAGAAAAGGAGGAGGAGGAUCAACCCGUCGAUCGAGAAGAAAAAGAACCUGGCUUUCGCCUUGGAGUUUUCUUAGGGGAAUGCAUUAGGGACAGUGUGGCUCUUUGGCAUUGAGGCACUGCUGUACAUCACGGCGUUUGUCUACAAUGUCUGCUGAUAACCACAUAGAUGUAUUUGAGUGUUAUUUCAUAAAGUGCAAUUUUAUUGA